AUGGCAUCUGAGGCGCUCUAUAAAGUGGGGGAUGGGGAGGAGGCCAUAAUGAAGAAGGAAAUUCUCAAUGUUGUAAAUGCACUAGAACAACUGCCGAAGCCCUUUACAAACCCCAAGUUCAAGAAACGGACUGUCGCCACCAAAGGACUCCCGCUUUCCUCAAGAGGCAGUUUGGUUAAGUUAUUGGAGCAAGAUACCAUCAAUUUUGAGAAGGCAAUGCCAUUGGAGGAUUCUGAGUGCAGCUCUGACGACACCAGCAUGUCCCCCAUCUCAUCCACGUUGUUGAACCCCAUCAAAUUGGCCGUGACACAGCCCAACAGCAGCUUCUUUGCAGGGAUGCUACAGGGUGAGCUGAACAAGCUCAGUUUUUCCACGAUGAUCAAGAACACAGAUAAGGGGACACUGGCUCUCUGCCCCAGCUCAUCCAAGUCCCAAAUAGCCACUAGGGGCCUGCUGGACCUUGACAACCCUGCGCUGGACACAGACACGUCCUCAACACGCUCUGAUUCCUCUGUGGUCAUGGACGUGCCCGAGGCCCCUUACAUCUGUGAGCACACCGUCAGCGACACUACAGCUGUGAUUUCCUGGACCUAUUCCUUGGGCAAGAAGCAGGUCAGUUUCUAUCAGGUCCUGUUACAGGAGGUGACCAAGAAAAAAGAAGAGUCACCGUCCAAGGGAAAGAACCGUCCAUGGAUCUUCAACAAGAUCUUGGGUACCACGGUCAAGCUGAUGGAGCUGAAGCCUAAUACGAGUUACUGCCUCACUGUCCGUGCAGCCAACACAGCUGGGGUGGGGAAGUGGUGCAAGCCCUACAAGUUUGCAACUGUGGCCACUGACUUCAACAGCUUUCCCGAGUGCAACCCCAUCCAGAUCACCGUGCAGCGCAGGGAACCUCGUCGAAGAACCGUGUCCAUCGGGCUGGAGGACAUGCGGAGGCUGGAGGAUCUGGAAUACCUAUUUCCUUACUAA